UACCCCUCAUUUGUGCCGUGUAUGUGGUGGCAGAGUCCCGUUUAGUUUUGUGUUUUGUGUACUAGAAAUUUUCAGCAUUCAUAUUUUUUUUCUUUUAAUUUUACGUUUUUUUCCGGUACAAGUAGCAGACGUGAGUUCUGGAACGUUUGAACAUAAAAAAGUUGAAUGACUUUCUAGCGCAGAACAAACGAAACAAGGUAGACACAGAAAGAGCUUGUCGAGGUGAACCCAUAACAACCACGUGAUCAAAAUGCAGUCCAGCCUCACUUUGAUUUUGAUUGGCGCCUUAGCGGUUGCCAUGGUGACAGCUGCUCCACUCUCUAACCAAGAGAAAUUCGUUGAGACGUCGCAAACUGGAGUGUCGCUUGACAGAGCCAAACGUGCGCAGGAAACCAUUAAUUUCGGAAACCAACAAAAUAAGCCAAGAGUUUUAGCCAAGAAGUCAGACCUCAGCAAUUUGUUGCUCCCGGUGGCGCCCUUGGAUGAGAAGGACAAAUCUGGGGUGGUCGUGGCGCAUGAUGCGCUUCCUGUACCCCCAGAUAUGAAUGCCAGGGCAGAGGCCGCCCUGGAGAGAAACAAAGAUCAGGAAAAGAUGAAAGAAGAGAUGGAAGCUGCCCUUCAAGAAGCAGAAACUAAAGUGCCCUCCCAGAAGGCAGACGGGGUCACGAAACAGGAAGUGAAAGAAUUGGUCAAAGAAGAGCUAACCCAAGAGGUCAAGGACGCAGCAGAGAAGACAGCCGCUGAGGAGCCCAGCAGUGAGCUAGCUGAGUUGGCCGAUGGUCAAGGGGACGAGGUGGAUCAAUUCUUGCACGACAUUCAGGACAAGGAUGCUGAAAACGGCCUUGACAUGAACGUCAACAGCGCAGACGACAACGCAAUCAAUUCAGAAUUGUAUCCAAUCUUAUAUUUCAACUCACCUUACCGAGAUUAUGGCUUCCGGCCCAGAAUUCCCUACUCUCUAUACAGAAAGAAAAGAGCGGUCAAGCGUGCCAGGAGAAUAUCUCCCUUUAGCGGCCACAGAGGCGCCCGCCGCAUCAAGAGAGACAGCCUGUCAGACCUCUACGGGGCAUACGCCAACGAAGAUCCCAGAGACGAAGCUGAAGAGUACAUUGCCCUGAGCCCGGAGGAGAAGGACUACCUAUAUAGACGACUUAUUGACAAUGUCGCUGACCUGUACGAUGAAGGUCAAGGGAACGAGCUCCAGGAGAUCCCCAUUGAGAUCCCUUACAUCGAGGAAGCCGGCGACGCCCCCUACCUCCCUUACGAAGUCUACGGCGAGAGCAGCAACUAUAACCCUUACCUUGAGGGCUACAGGGGCGCUCAGCUGGAGUAUGAGCCGGCGCCCACGUUCGCCAAGAGGGGAAUGGUCGACUACUACCCGUUCGAGGAAAUGGAGAAGAGGUACUUCUUCCCCUUCAGUGACGAGCCCGACACCCACUGGGGCGCGUUUGUUCCAGAAAAGAGAGAUUACAAUGAGGCAAUUCAGAGGCUGCAGAGGCUGGCUGAGGCGUUGAAUGACAAUCCUGGGGCUUAUUAUAAGGAUGCACUUGAGGAAUACCGGAAGAAGUAAGCGAAGGCGACUGGGUGAUCACCAUAGACAUAAAUAAAUAUAUAUAGGUUUGUGAUGUGGAUCUAUGUUUGUUGACAUGGCUUCUUUAUUAAUAUAUGGCGGUCGUCCUAUCGAUUCAAAUUGUUAGAAUUAGUUUGUAGUCAAAAAAAGUCAAAGAAAAUGAGCAGAACGUGCUUUAAUGUUCGUAGUACGAUAGGCCAAGGAUAAAUUCUAAAGGUUGAAAAAAAAUUGAAUAUUAUACACAUUAACUUUUAGUUUCAGUAAGUCAGAAUAAUUCAGUAUCACUGUGACUGUGACUAAUUUAAUAUUGAUAGAUCUAAAUUUAAUAAAAUUGACUAAUAUUUGUAAUAACUAGGUCUAAUACUUUUCAUACUUUUUACUACUAACUAUUAAACUAGUCAGUCUAUCAUCUAUGCAUGCAGAUUAUAGACUAGAUCUAGUAUAAGUAUAGAUUAUAGAUCUAGUGACAAUCUUGAAUCUAGUCAUAGACUAUUUAUAUACUAACUAUAGACUAGACUAUACAGAUUACAAUUAUAGUUUAUAGUAUAGUAUAGUACUAGUAAAAGUAGUAUUUUUUUUACUAUAGUAUUUAUAUAGACUACAUCUAAAUCUAGUAUUUAAAACUAUUUAUAAUUAGGCACGAUUAGAGAUAUAAUAAUACAGAAGGGGUUCUAUCAAUUAUAUAGGUUAUGACUGAAAAAAACAACAACUAUAAAUACUUUUAAUUUUACACUGCUCAUAACUGCUGUAUAACUCAUACAAACUUAUCUUUUCCCAAAUGUUUCCCAUAAUAAUUUUUACUUUAUCGUCCAGUCUAUAUAUAUAUAUAUGUCUAUGGUGAUCACUCUCUUGUGAUGAAGAAGCAAAUGUGUAUCUGAGAAUGUUGUGGAACAAUUUAUUUUAAUUUUUUUUGUUACUUGGCUAGGACUUGGCUAAUAUACAAUCAACUGUCCCCUUGAAGUCGUAUGAAGUUGAAACUUUUUAAAUAUAAUGCAUUUCAUUUUGUUAUUCAAGAUUUGUGUAUGGAAUCAAAAGUGGAAGGUCAGUUAGACCAUAUGAUGCAUUUUAGACCAUAUGUUGUAGCUUAGCAAGUCAAUUAGUAAAAUUACUAGAUCUAGAAGUCUAGAUCUAGAUAGAUGAUAGAUCUAAUUGAAGUAAUUCACUAAUUGCUAAACAAGAAACAGUGAAAAUUGCUAGACUAUAAUUAGACUUAGUAGAUCUAUAAUUAGAAAAUGGGCCUAUUAUAUUUAGUCUACUACAUUUUCACCUUUGAAUGCAUUAACAUUAAGUUAUGAUGUAAAAAUGCACAUAUUAUUUGCCUACCAAAUAGUCUAGAUCUAGAUUAUAAACAAUGAAUAGAUUGUGAAAAUGUAGGCUCUUCCAACACCUGAUUAUUAUUUUUUUUUUAAAUAAUGUUUUAGAUUAAUAGUUCUAGAUCACUUUGUUUAUUAAUUAUUAAGUAAAUAUAGUUCCAGUUUAUCAGAAUAAAUUUCAGAAGUAUUUGGAAGGCAGUCGAAGUCAAAGUGUUAUUUACAAGGCUCUGACGCCAUGCGAACGUGCCAUGCAUUCAUUAGUGUCUUGUGUUUUUUUUGUUUUCCAAACCAACUUUUUAUUUAUUGAAGUUUUAUUUAAAUUUCCAACUUUUCUGUUUUCAUGUGAUCGUAUUUAUUAUAUUUAUCUAUUCUGUGAUGUUUUCCCCCCAAACAAGUGAAUGUUAUAUAGUUUUGUGAGACAAUGAUCUCUUUUUUAAGAAUAGUCACACACUAUAUCAAGCUGUAAUCAUUCCUUAUUUGUACAAUAAUUGUUUGUAUUUGAAUAUCUUCUCUUUAGAGUUAAUCUCAUUUUUAGAAUUGUUUCCUGCAUUUAAUUUCCAACUGCUAUAACAAAAUAAUAAUUUCACUCAAAUUGAUGAGGCUAAAUUUCAGAUGUAGUCAUUCCCGUAGACAUAUUAUGUCUAUGGCCAUUCCAUUCCAUAAGACUAAAUUUCUGAUAUAUUUUAUUUAUGACAUGAAACAUUGAAAUGUUGUUUUUUAUAUGAUGUCAACCUUUCUAGCACUUAAGAUUUGACAAAAUCUUUUUUAUCAAGAACCAAGAAGAAUUAGAAAGUGAUGAUUUUUUCCCCCAUUUAUUUAUUUCUGCUUGAUAUUUUGUAUUCAACUUUAUUUCUAUCAUUGUUUACCUCAGGGGGUCUCCAAGCUGUAGUCUACAAGCUGGCACCAGAUCUAUUCCAUUCUUACAAGUUUUAUAUUAGUGAUUUCAGAUUUAAAACAAAAGAAACUUUUUGCCCAAGAUAUACUUUUUUUUUUACAUGGUUCAGUGCCCUACCCCCAAAAGUUUGAUCACGAAAAGCAUACAUGUGAGCAAGACUUUCACUACAGUACUCUUAUUAUAAAUAAAAGAGAAAUAAUAAUAAAAACCAUGGUUUUUAUUAUUAUCAGAACAUGAUAUUUUAAAUCUUAAAACAACUUUUGAAACAUUCCCUGUCUUUGGUUUUCAAAUUUUUUAAAUCUUUCUAUUUUGAUGUGAACCUCUUCAACCCAGCUCAUCUGAACAUUGUGAUAUUUGAAACCUGUGUACAUAUUGAUAUUCAAUCCCAUGUUUGAUUUUUUUUUUCUUUGUGUAUUUAUUUUACUCCCUCUUUCUGUGAUUGGUUUAAACACUUGAAUAUUUUUUUUUGUUUCAUUAUCUGAUGAUCCCAGUUUUGAUCAGAAAGUACUAUCAGAUAAUAAAGGGAUAACUCUGAUAAAAUAUUUAUA